AUGCCUCCAGGGCGGCCGCCCAAGAGGCCCGGAGAGUCUGAGAUCGACGGCGCAGACGGCCAAGCUGCUGCAAAAUGCAAGCUGCCCAGGCUGGAUCGCGGCGGCACCCCGAACGACUUCUCCAGUGUUGUCAAGAGCAAGCUGUCGUCCUACACUAGGACCGGUCAAGCAUGUGAUCGUUGCAAGGUUCGCAAAAUCCGGUGCGAUGCUCUACCAGAAGGAUGCUCCCACUGCAUCAACCAGAACCUCGAGUGCUAUGUGACGGAUCGAGUAACAGGCCGGACCGAGCGACGAGGGUACAUGCAAGAGCUCGAACGCGAGAAGACGGACAUGCUUAACCACAUUCGCGAUCUCGAAAAGUUACUGGAUACAAAGGGCAUCGAAGUAAAACCAUAUGCAAGGCCUGCCUUUCCUCAAAACCCUGGCUACCCUGCGACGGUGGCUUACGAUGCGAGAGGCAAUCCCAUACAAGACGCAUCCGCUGAUGACGGUCUAGAGAAUUGGACACAGAUGGGACCGUCGUUAUGGAUAAAAAACCACAAACCCGGGUCACACUUCUCGCAUGCUGCUAGGACCUUGUUUGGAUCCAAGUCUACUACGGCCGAUGUUCAUCUAGGGGUAUCCGGAGACCAAGCUCCGCUCAGCUCCAUCAAGGGAACCAAACUGUCAAUACUUGGCAGCACGAUUGAUUUAGGACUCUUUGAGGCCCCGGACAUGGACGAGCCAGCACCAGGCGUUCAGGCCAAGUCGCCAUUGUACAACAAGUCAGUUCAGGCCUUCCUGCAAUCGUGUACAAAUGUAAACCCACAACUGCACGUCGAUUAUCCGCCUAGAGCAGAUGCUUUCACGUACGCCGAGUGGUAUUUCCUCAUGUUGUAUCCCUUUAUCCCCGUGUUGCACAAGCCAACAUUCAUGAACAUACUCACUCGCCUGUACGAUGACCCUAACUUCAAGCCCACUGUCGCCGAGGCUGUCAUGGUCCAUAUGGUAUUUGCCUCGAUAUACUUGCAAUAUGGGCUUCGAAAUCGCGAGAAUCCUGAGCAAAAGACCAAGCUGAACGAUCUCUCCAACAAGCACUAUCAUUUCGCCCUGUGCAAGUUCUUUGACCUGUCCACCUCCAAAACGUUCGAGGACCUACAAGCCUUGACCAUGAUUGCUGUUCACACAAGAGCAUUCCCAAAGCCAGACUGUAGCUCAAUGGUGACGUGGACAUGCCAAGGCAUGGCCAUUGAGCUCGGAUUGCAUCGCGCCAUGAAGAAACCCGGAGAAGGCACCAACCUGGAAAACGAGAUGCGCAAGCGCGUCUUCUGGGCUCUCGUCACAAUGGGUGUUACUCUUCACGGACGAAAAGGGAAGCCCAUGCCGAUACGGCUGGAUGAGAUUGACGUAGACUUUCCAGAAAUGAUCCCGGAUGAGCUGCUCACCAAGGAUGGAGUUGACACAUCCAGAACUGGGAAAUGCCUCUAUGAGAUCGGAGUAGAAGGUUUUCGGGCGGCAUCCAUCUACUUGGAUAUGUAUGCUACCAUCUACUGCACGAAAAGAGAUCCCACCAUUUACCCUGCAAUCAUUGAGGAGCUGGAAGCCCGAAUCACCGCCUGGUGGGAUAACCUACCGGACUCCUUGAAGCCGGCUUCAACUUCCAGCGACAUGGAGGGCCACAACGAAAUGUUCGCGCUCUACGCAGAAUAUAUAUUUCACGAGUUUAGGCUGUGUCUCCGGCACCCGUCCGUGGCUCUUACGAGUGAUCCAAAGUUGAUGGCAGAAAACAGUAAAGUGUGCGAGAAGGCGGCCAAGGACAUGUUGACCAUUGCUUACAAGCUAUACAAACUGAAAUCUCAAGAUUCAACAUGGUACUCAUUGUCCGAGUACAUUGCGGCCAUGUUUACUUCUCUUGCAGCGGUUUGGGAGAGGAGGCACGAGACGGACGCGGCGGAAGUUGCUGUUUUACGUCAGGAUAUGGACACUUGGCUGAUCAUCUUGGCCGAUUCAUGCGAACUAAUGGCAGGAUGCGGCUUGACAUUACGGAACGCUGUAGCGUCCAUCGUGGACCGCACAGUCGCAUGGAUCGAACAUGAUCGACAGGGCAAGAUUAACGGAUCUUUGCCUCAGGUUACUCAAGAGAUGCUAAAACAAUCGCCACAGCAGCAACAACAAGGCUAUACCGGCGUGCCUGCUGGCUCGUCGGCUAUCCCUGCUAACCAUCCAAAUCCGCCAAGCGACCCAGCAUUGAAUGCCGGAGAAACACCAAAUCCUGGCAUGGCACGCAACAAUUACUACCCGGACUCGGCUGCUGAAGCCUCCUCCUACCCCCCACUGCCAUACAGCGACCCAUCUACCCACGAACCAAGUAGCCUGCCAUAUACUGCCGAGGAUCCUUAUCUGUACUCUCAGACUGGGCAAGUGCCGACGUCGCAAGUGCAGGGACAAACACAAGCACAAGCACAAGCGCAAGCUCAGGCUCAAGCUCAAGCUCAAGUACAACAGACGCAAACUCAAAUCAGUGACCACAAUCCACUGAGUACCUUUGCCGCUCAAGCAACCUCCCUGCAACAACCCUCGGGUGACAUGAUGUGGAGGCAAGGCACACCGGGAGGUAAUACAUGGCAAGACUGGACAGCUGCCGUCGUUGACAACCAAGACCAUUACAGUGCAAAUGCACUCAUGUCUCUUGGCGCCGGGCCGAGGUCAAAUAAUGUCAAUGAUGCGACGUCGAGUGGAACAAGCUUGGGCCUGGGUGUGGGAGGCAUCAAUGGUCAAAAUGUUCCCACGACAGCCAAUAGCACCCAGUGGCCGCUCUUAUUGUUUCAUGAUGGCACUGGCAGUAUGGGAGGUGCCUGA